UAACAACGUCAGUCUCCCUCCGCUCGUCGCGGGGUUCGUUGCGGAGCGUGUCCCGGCUCGAAGGAAACCUCGUUCGCGAAAUACUCGACGCUGUGCGUGUAAUUUUAGGCGCGGGUCGUCGCCAACGGCCUCAAUCGAGUGCCCCGGUGACCGUCUACGGGAAUUUGCCGAAAAUACCGCGGACCUGAGCGAGUGAUGAUGUCGCCGACGGUGACUAACGCCGAGGAUUCGCCUCUCGGAAGCGGCACGUUGCGUCCCCACUUCGAGUUGACCGCCGCGUCGCCGAACGGCGACCAAAACGCCAGCCAGUGCUCAUCCUUGUCGGACGGCGAGAACUUCGAGUGGUCCGGCGUCGCGGAAGAAACUAACGGCAACGUCGCCCUCGCCCGGAACAACAACAACCUGGUCGUCGCGGGGUCUAGCCCGUCGGGCAUCAACCGCAACACAUGGCUGCGCACCAGCCUGCGCAGGUCGUCCCCUAGCAAUCCCGACAGUCUACCCAACAGGCGAUGGGGAUCGUUCCGGCACACCGCGAGACGCCAAAACUUGGGAUCGAACGCGCUCGCCAGCCAGCUGUACCGCAGUUCCAGUUUCAACUCGUCGGGCCGCAGCAGCACGUGCGACACCACCGACGACAUGUACUCGGACGCGUCCCUCGAAGAGGACGUCCACGACCUGCACCAUAAGUUUCAGGUGCUGCAGCAACAGGUGGGCGUGCUGCAGGACAACGCGCAUCAAAACGACGAGCGAUACACGCGGGCAAAGGCGGAGAACGCGGCCCUGCACGCUCGCGUUCUCAUGCUCGAGGAGCAGCUGCGCGACACCGAGCUCCGCUACGAGGACAGGCUCCAGGACGAGCAGAAGAGGUGCCGGGAGGCGGUCGCGCGACUCGAACGCGAGAAGCAGCUCCAGCUGGAGAACGCGAGCAUCCGCCUCCAGAACGCGGAGACGCAGUGCGCGAAACUGGCGGAGGAGUUGGCCAGGUGCCGCUCCAAGUGCGACAAACUGGAGGCGCAGCGGGACGAGCUCGUCGCGCAGCUCCAGGAAGCGGGGCAGGAGGCGGCGGACGCGAGGGACGAGGCGAAGCGCUGCCGCGACCGAGAGAACAGACUGACCGGGGACCGGGACGCGCAGGAGGAACUGCUGCGCGAGUUCUCGCGUGAGGUGGAGCGGCUGCGGGCGGAGGCGCGCACCCCCGCCCUGCCCACCACCUCGCCGGAGGGCAUCCGCCUCGAGGAGCUGCAACGAGAGAUGGAGCAGCUGCGCGAACGAAACACGCAGCUCCGCGACUCCAACGAGGAGCUGCAGGCGAGCCUGCUCCACGCCGGCCUGGAGACGGGCCGGAGACUCGCGGACGAGGAGGCGAGCCUCGCCCGCGAGCUCGACGUCAUGUCGCAGGACGAGGCGCAACAGGCGCUCCGGGAGCAGCAGGAGGUGAACCGCCAGCUGCGGGCGUACAUCGACGGGAUCCUGCUGAACAUCGUCGAGAACCACCCGCAGCUGCUGGAGGUGAAGCAGAAGAGGUGCCUCGAGAGGCCCGCGUGAGACGCGGCCACUCC